AUGACCCGCAAAUUCUUCGUCGGAGGAAAUUUCAAGAUGAACGGCUCAAAGGCGAGCCUCAUAAAGCUCGUCGAGGCUCUCAACGAUGCGCAGCUCGAUCCGAACACGGAGGUCGUGAUCGCCCCUCCUAGCUUGUAUCUCCUCACUCUUCAGGAAAUCGUCAAGAAUGGUGUACAAGUUGCCGCUCAAAAUGCCUACUUUAAGGAAUCUGGAGCAUAUACUGGCGAGAUCAGCCCGGUGCAGCUCAAGGAUGCAGGGAUAAACUGGGUGGUACUUGGACAUUCGGAACGCCGCUCUUAUUUCGCAGAGACCUCCGAAGUGAUUGCAAAGAAAACCGAGGCGGCCCUUGCCGCGGGACUCAGCGUGAUUCUUUGCGUUGGAGAGACCCUCGAGGAACGCGAGGCUGGCAAGACCGCGGCCGUUGUCGAGGCCCAACUCGUCGAAGUCAUCAAGGUCUUAGGCCAGGACGCGUCCAAGUGGAGUAAGAUUGUGAUCGCCUAUGAGCCCGUAUGGGCCAUCGGCACUGGCAAAGUGGCAACGGCGUACAUAUCCAAAGAAGUCUCCCAGGAAGUCGCGGAGACCAUUCGCAUAAUAUACGGAGGAUCGGUUACAGGCACUAGUUGCGGAGAACUCAGUGCGCAGCCGGACGUCGACGGCUUCUUGGUAGGAGGAGCUUCUCUGAAGCCCGAGUUUAUCAACAUUAUCAACGUCAACCAGAAGUGA